UGAGGUUAAAGUCGAAGAUUAAAGACGAAUUAAAAACUUUAAUAAAGAGUUCGCUGUUGCUGCUAGCUAGCUAGCUGCUAACUUCUUCUUCUUCCUUAAAGGAGUGUCAGAUGGUGCGGCCUUGAAGUGAUGCUCAGCAACGCUGCUGGAACUCUCAUAAAGAAACUGUUUGAUUCCAGCCUCCACAGCGACCAGAGAGACUUCCUAAACAGAAACCCUCUGUCUGCUGAACCAGAACCAGAAGCAGAACCAGAACCAGAACCGGAACCAGACCCAGAAGCAGAAGCAUCAUGGAACGUUCCUCCUGUGAGUCGGUCAGAUGUUCAGAGGACAGGAGACCCUCCAGCUCUUGUGGAGCUCCAUGUGCUGUACGUUCCGGCCCACCAGUGGAACCUGAAGCUGAACAAAGUCCCAGCAGAAGCAGCAGAAAGCUUCAUAUCAGCCGGCUUCAUCAGAGUUCAUCCUGACGUCUCUCUGAGGACUCUGAGGAGGGACCUCGGCGCUCUGCUCGGCGCCGACGGCAGCAUCGACAGAUUCUCCUUCCUGAAAUGUGUCGGCCGAAGCCUGGCUCUGGUCAGAAGCAAACAGGAGAGAGAGCUGAAAGUGAAAACGUUCGCUCCGCCUUAUGCCGUCCAGCCGGAGCUCUACCUGCUGUCCACCCUGGAGGCCGACAGCAGCUCCCAGUCCUUCAGCCCCGACACCAGCAGCAGCUCCCCAGAACCACACAUCUACUACCAGCCUCCAGGAGCAGCAAAGGAGCCCGUUAAACUCCCCCACAUCUCCCAGUGUUCCCAGCAGGCUCCUCCGACCCCCCAGCCUGAGGAGGAGGAUGAAGAGGAGGAGCAGAUCUACAGCUCCUCAGAGGGAGAAGGAGAGGAUGAGGAGGAAGUUCUGAGCUCCAUGAGGAGACCAGUGAAGCUCCAGAUUCAAAGACCUCCACAGCCGCUUCCACUGAAUAAAGUCUUUGCAGAUUUACAGCGGUGUGAAGUGGAUCCAGCUCAGACGAAGCAGCUGCCAGACAGAGAAGAAACUUUCAUGAAGAAGAAACCGAGAGGGAGCAGAGCGGCCGAGUCUCUGGAGGACUCUGGAGAUUCAGGAUUCUCCCUCACAGACGGAGAUGGAAAAUCAAACACGCUGAAGUCCAUCAGAAACAAACCAACAGCGGGGGUGACAGGAGGUCCAGCUGUGCUUUCUCGGCCCGUUCGCUGCUCGUCUCCAGGUCCGGACUCUGCUCUGGUUCCCCAUAAAACGGCCGCUUCUCUGGUCUUUCACACCGUAAACAGAGAGGAACUGAUCGAGGAAAUCAAGCUGGCGAGGGAGGAGAGGAAGCAGCUGGAGUGGACGAGACAAGAGCUGCUGAGGAAGGGGAAGGACCUGUUAGCCCAGAACCGCCACCGCAGGAACCAAGCUCGGGACAGCUGGAAGAAAAAAUACUUUGAAACCAAAAAGGCCACGGCACCGCUGGAGGACAACCUGAGGACCUUAAGACAAGAACUGGAGACGUUUUACCACAAACUCCUUCACCAGCUCCAGGCCAGAGACAGCCGAGGGAAGCCGAGGCGACAGGGAAGGCCGUCAGUGAAAAACGAGCUCAUCAUUCAGAUCAUGACGGAGAGCUACGAGAUCGACAACCUGAGGAGGAAAGUAGAAGAUGCAAAGAUGAAGCUGGUCACGGAGAUGAAGCUCAGGAAACAGGCGGCCGCCGAGCUGAGAGCCCUGAAAGCUGAACUGGCUCAGAAGAAGAGUCAGUCGUCUCAUCCUGGACCGACGGGAAACACGAGACGAGUUUAAACGCAGCAUACAUGAUGCUGAAGGAGUUGAUUUAUGCUGUUCAGUAUUUGGUUCUUUUUGAAACUGUAAGCCAUCGCUUUUCCUCGUUUUCUAAUUAAACUGCUGAUUUAUGUC